CCCCUUCCCAUCUGCGGGCGCCGGAGGCUUCUCGGGUCGCCGCGAACCGGAGCCCCGCCGGACGGAGCCAGGGAGGCGGGCGGCUCCCAGCGAGGGUCCCGCGGAGGAGCCAGGACCCUCCCCCCCCCCGCCGCCGCCCCCGGAAUCGCUUCCCCACCAGCAGCCGAGGAAACGUCGAGAGGGGUUCUUUCCCCCUGAAAUUUUGGAAAGCCCAACUUUUUUCCCCCCUGCUUUUUUCCCCCCUGCACGGCGUGGGAUUCGAACCCGGGACCGGGCGGGAGAAAGUUUGCAGAGCCGGCCGCCUCGCGCGGCUCGCCUGUCUCUGCUGGAUGGGUCUUGGGGACCCCGCGACGCACGUGCCUCGGAGGCGACUCUGAAGGGUAGGAAGAUCUUGGGGGGGAUUUUGGGGGGACGGGGGGAGGCACCUUCUUUGCCUUCUCCCCCCCCCCCUCCUUGGAGGAAAACAAACAAACUGAACCAACCGAGCCAAGUCGUGGUCGUCUGGAAGGGAUGGAGCUGGACUCGGGCUUUGAGGAGAUGCUACCGGGGCAGGAUUUAAGAGCAGCCGCCCUUUACUCCUGAGGAGGAGCAGGAGCCGCCGACCCCAAAAGAUGGGUCCUCCCGCGGAUGUCCUUUUCGCCCUCAGCCUGGUUUGGGGAGCUCUGCUAUGCAGAGUGGCAGUGGGCCGUGGAGCUCUGGACAACAUCCAGAAGUUUUCCUCGCUAGCAACAUACCUACCUGUAAGAUAUCAGAUCUUGAACGCCGAUACUUCCUUUUUCCUCAAAGAAGCCAACCAGGACUUCAUGAGAAACUCCAGUUUGCAGUCUCGGAUGGAGACCUUCUUUACGUAUAAAGCCAAGAAGACUCCUGUAAUCAACGCUAGCUAUGGGCCGUUCUCCGUAGAACAUGCUGUGCCCCAGGAUCUGCUGUUAACCUCCAACCUGUUUGGAGCCACCAACAAGUUUACGUUCAACUGGAAACUGAAAGCCUACAUCAUGAACGAGAAAGUCUACCUGAGCCGGCCAAAGGUGCAGGUCCUUUUCUACAUCAUCGGAAGGGACUGGGAUGAUUAUAGUUCGACUGAACAGCUGCCGUGCAUGAGAGUGUUUGCUUUCCGGGAAACUCGGGAAGUCCGGGGCAGCUGCAGGCUAAAGGGGGACCUGGGAUUGUGCGUUGCUGACCUGGAACUUCAGCCCACCUGGUUUAACCCACCGACGGUUGUCUCCGGCCGCAAGAAGUCACCGGAUCCCGCUGACCCGAGUUCUAUCGAGCUUUAUUACACCAUCCAGCCUGGAGAUGAAAACGGGGAGUGUACAACUGGGGACAUCAGGAAAGGCAACGCCAUUCGGCCCGGGAAGGAAGGCGCAGGUGAAACCAUGUCUCGUUUGCAGAGGAUUGGUUCCGUCAGCCUCUACCGGACCACGGAGAGCUCUCAGCUGACGGAGCUGUGGCUGGACGGCAACGUGGUCAUCUGGCUGCCGUCGAAACCCAUCAAGCAAGGAGAGGUUGUGAGUGCCCAUGUGACGGUCACAAACAAUGGCACAGUGGACCAGUUCAUUCUGAGGGCGAAGGUGAAGAAGGGGGUCAACAUCCUCAGCGCCAAAGCCAGCAACCCACAGCAGUGGGACGUGACGCAAGAGGUGGGCAACGGCGGGAAGCAUUCCACCACGACCGUGAUGUGCCACAGAAUAAGCCAGAGUGCAAAGAGCAGAAAUAACAACAAUCAGUUCAGCGAGGUGGUGCAGUUGAACUUCGAGAUAGCCAGCUUCAGCAGCCUUUCGGGGACCCAGCCAAUCACAUGGCAGGUGGAAUAUCCCCGAAAAAGGACAACGGACACAGCCCUCUCUGAAAUCUUCAUUUGCCAAAAGGAUCUCAUGGGGAUUGUUCCUCUGGCAAUGGAAACAGAGAUCUUAAACACAGCAAUACUGACCGGAAAGACUGUUGCCGUUCCUAUCAAGGUGAUCUCCAUUGAAGAGAACAGCGCAGUGACGGACAUUUCCGAAUCUGUGGAAUGCAAGUCCUCUGCCGAGGAUGUUGUCAAAGUUUCCGACCGAUGUGACUACGUUUUUGUCAAUGGCAAAGAAGUGAAAGGCAAAGUAAACGCCAUGGUGAACUUCACCUACCAGUACUUAAGUGCCCCGCUACAAGUCACAGUGUGGGUUCCACGUCUCCCUCUUCAAAUUGAGGUGUCCGACACUGAGCUUAGCCAAAUAAAGGGCUGGAGGAUUCCCAUUGUUUCCAACAAGAGGCAAACCAGGGACAGUGAUGACGAGGAUGACGAUGAGCGGAAAGGACGAGGCUGUGCCCUCCAGUACCAGCAUGCCAUGGUGCGAGUCCUCACCCAGUUUGUCGCCGAGGAUGCCAGCCCGUGGGGCCAGCUGAGUUAUUUGCUGGGCUCCGAUUGGCAGUUCGACAUUACGGACUUGGUGGCUGACUUCAUGAAGCUGGAAGAGCCUCACGUGGCCCGGCUACAGGGGGGCAAGAUUCUGAUUGGGCAGGAAGUUGGCAUGACGAUGGUCCAGGUCCUCUCUCCGCUGUCGGACUCCAUCUUGGCCGAGAAGACUGUGACGGUGUUGGAUGAUAAGGUGACCAUCAUGGACAUGGGGGUGCAGCUGGUUGCGGGGCUGUCCCUCUUCCUUCAGCCCAGCACGGCAAGCAACCGAGCAAUCGUGGCAACCGCUGUGGCUCAAGACCUGCUCCAUACCCCCAAACAGGAGGCCAUCAUCAGCACCUGGAUCCAGUUCAGUGACGGCACCGUGACUCCGCUGGACAUUUAUGACCCCAAAGACUUUUCUCUCUCUGCUUCCUCAUUAGAUGAAUCUGUCAUUUCAGCACAUCCAAGUCCUACCACCAAGUGGCCAAUGGUGGCAGCAGAAGGUGAAGGACAAGGCCCACUGGUCAAAGUGGACAUGAUGAUCUCUGAAGCGUGCCAGAAGUCCAAGAGGAAGAGCGUCCUAGCAGUGGGCAAUGGUAGCAUCAAGGUGAAGUUUGGCCAGAACGACGCCGACACCCACAGUGUCGGUGAUUAUGAUGCUGAUGAGAUCGAAAAUCCAUAGGCUGAACGGCGGCAGAAGGUGUUGGACAAAUCAAAGGCGGUAUGGCCAAGGCAGGCUGAUAUCCACGGGAGCGCUCUUCGGAUGAGGCUGAGAAGAAGAGCUGCAUACAUCUGGAAAGUCAGCACCACAGCGAAGUCUGCGAUCAAAGGCAAAGUGCUGAAGAGCAACCUUGCUGGAGAAAAACUCUCUGAUGACGGGCAACUGCAGAAUAUCCCCAUAGACUUCACCAACUUUCCAGCUCAGAUCGAUCUCCCCAAAAGUGAUGGAGGGGAGGAGGGCAAUGACCUUGUGCAAGCCCCUCGGGGACUCAGUGACCUGGAGAUCGGGAUGUAUGCCCUCUUGGGCGUCUUCUGCCUGGCUAUUCUAGUCUUCCUGAUAAACUGUGCCACCUUCACGUUGAAAUACCGGCACAAGCAAGUCCCAGUGGAAGGGCAGGCUACCAAGAGCCACUCCCAUGAUUGGGUGUGGCUCGGGAACGAAACCGAACUGUUGGAGAACCAAGUGGAUAUUUCGCCCCCGCAGGACGAACACACGACGAACGUCGACCGGGGGAUAAGCUUGGAGGAGAGCAACCAUCUCCUCAACGGCAGCAUGCCAAAAAGCAUCCAGGGCCAACUGCACAGGUCAGCUGACUCGGGGGGCAAACAAGGGAAAGAGCCAAAGCCCGAGCCCCCCUUGCAUUCACCCACCUCCAAGCGGAAGAGGGUCAAGUUCACCACGUUCACCACCAUCCCUCCGGAUGACAGUUGUCCAACUGUCAACUCCAUCCUCAACUGCAAUGAAGAUGACAUAAAAUGGGUUUGCCAAGAUAUGGACCUCGGGGAAACAAAACACUACAUGGAGAAGCUCAAAGAGGAAGUAUAGCCCUGGUUGUCAGGUGCUUUGGGGGGUUGCAUACCACACCUUGAUGCCUUCAGUUGUAUCAGGACAUUGGAAAUAGGCUGGAAGGUUGGCAGACUGAAGAGUCUUGAAAACAAGGCCAAUUUUUGUAAUCAGGGAGAGAGCUUGCUGAUCCUGUCCGUGGAGGGAGGGCGGUCUUUUUCUUUUCAUUUUUCUCUCCCCCAAAUGAAAUGUUCACGGCAAUGCAGCGGCAAUGAACUGGCCCAGAUCUUGAACUGGGAGGAGAUGUGGUUUUGAAACUGACGAUUAAGAGUCAGAGAUUAGUUACUCACAAGGUACCAAAAUAUUCUUUUUUUUCCUCUUCUUUUUUUAAACGAAAAUUAUGAUUUGAAAAAUGGAAACUUCUUUAUAUUUCUAAUAAAACAGCAAAUGGGAAGAAAAAGAGCAGAAUAUGACUCACCUCUCUGCUUUCUGUUCCUACAGCUGCAAUGAGGAUGGGAUGGUUGUCAGGGAAGAGAUUGAAUCGUAUGUUUUUUAAAGAAAAUCAGAAAUGCUGAAAUUCCAUCUUUCUCACAUCCUCUCUUUCUCCACCGCUCUGCCUUUUACAUCUUACUACUGAUGCAUGCCAGCAGGGAUUUAAAAAUGUCCAAAUCCUAUCCGUUCUUUCCAGACCAAAUGAUCAUCGUCGCUCCCCCGAAAUCAGUGGUACGUUAUCGUGUCUUUUGAAGAAGUCGGUCAAUUUGCAACAAAUUAGCAACUUCAAGUCGUUGUCUGCUUAAAGUCAAUAAAUUUCAGAGAGAUCCGGGCUGGAACCCACCCCUGGAACGGCUGUAGCCGCCUUCCUGUGACGCUGCAUAUUGGCAGUUCGGCUGAAUUUUGAUCAAGGUGUAGGUUAUCGUUGUUGCUUCUAAUUGUCCAUGUUUGGGGGGGGGGGAUCAAUGAGAUUCUGUAUGCAUUUCAUUUACCUAUAAUUGUAUUUUCUCAUGCCUAUUCUGAACAAGCAGAGUACUAUUGCUGAUCUCGUGUUCUUCCCAGAAAGACCCAGUGAUUCAUUCCUCAACCUGAUUUGACUCCCUGGUCAAUGACCUUAUUCCCUCCAAGCCCAUGGCCUUUUUCCACAUGAGUCGUUUACAACAUGUCUUGCUGCCAAAUGUUUUUUUUUCUUUUAAUUUUGUAAGUUUUUGUUUCCUUUGUUUGGUUUUGGAAACGUUUUCCCUUCAUUUUUCCUCCAUUGUUUUCCCGAGCACUUUUAUCACGAUUUUUCUGGUCUGUUUCUGAGCCAGUGUCCCUUGAGUGUGUGAUCAUGUUUAUUUCUCCGCCCUUAUCCAAGCCCUCAUGUAGUCGCCCAACCUUCCCUUCAGCCAUUUUCUCCUCCUCCUCCUCCUCCAUGUUCAAAAGGAUUCUUUUUCAUUUUUUCUCUGUGUCAUAUUGCAUUAGCAAUAUAACAUUAAAGCAAAGAUACACUUUUUGUCUGCAGUUAGGAGCAAGUGAAAUUGACAAGGGAAGUUCUUUUGUAGGAGAAAAUUGAUAAGGGACUGCCCCAGAAAUGAUCAUGGAUUACUGAAGUUCUACUUUGGCCUGGAAAUGUGUGUGAAUCUGGAGACGGGGGAAGCUAAGUGCUUGUGUUCCUCCAAUGGUGCAAAAGAAGAGGAGGGUUGUACUUCUGCAUCACAGAUGUACUCCCACCACCAUUAGGAAUAAUAUGUUUGCAGCUAUGGCAUGUGAAAUAAAUGCAACUGGAGAGACAAGGGGAACAACAACGGGAGAAAUGAAGGAAAUUUGUGGUUUCCUUAUCAAUGCCCCUGUGCAGAAUGAUUUCACAGAAAACAUUUCCAAGAUGCUAGCUUUGACCACUGAGAAAAUCUGCGGUGAGCUGUGCAUAUGCAACAUAUUCAUGAAGCAUGUCCUGUUAGACCAUUCAGCUUUACCCUAGAUUCAAGAAGAAGAGAAGUUUGGAUUUAUAUCCCACCUUUCUGUCCUGUCAGAAGUCUCAAGGUGGCCUACAAACUCCUUCCGUUCCUUUCCCCACAACAGGCACCUUGUGAGGU